CUCUUUGGUCUUGGUGGGGCGGCCGGCCGAGGAAUGAGUUCUGAGGGAGGCACCUCGGCCGGACGUCGUGCAGGGCUGGCUCUACACCCCUGAGAAGGCCUGUGCGCCGAGGAGCGGUGCUUUUCUUUGCCGCCUCUCCGCCUUGAGAGCUCUCCCGGGGAUUCCUUCGAUUUCCCUGGGGUCAGGAGUCCGAGGGGCGUGCUUGGCAGCCUUCCCGCUCUGUCACUUCAGCUUGCGCCGCCCGUGGCCUCCAGGACCUCGCCAGACGUGCUGGGCAGGGCAAGCACCCCGCGUGUAGACCGGAUCCCUUCGUCCCAAUGCCCAGGCGAGAAGAGUUGAGUGGGUGCUGGUGGUUGGAGCUCUGGAGGUGUCCCUCCGUGGCGAUCGUGGAAAGAACACUGGUCAUUGUUAAGUUUUAUGUCCACAUGCUGCAAGGCCCUGUGUGAGUCUGGGAGGACACCUUUCACGUCGGAAUUGUAUCUCCUGCUUUCAGGAAGAAAAAGGAGGGUCAGAAUGCCUCUCUUGAACCUACUGUUUCUCCUGUGCUUUUAACUCACAGUAAUCAGCAUACAGAAGUGGCAUAUUUAGGGGUAUAAUUUUGCCUCCCAAGAUCCUGUCUUAGCAAGAAGGAAGUGGAAGAUAAUCUUGGAAAGAAAACGAAGACAAUAAGAAACCUAGAACUUACUUUCACAUGGUUGUCAGCUUACCUACCAAUAUGGACACUCUUCCCACCAUUUGUCCUCCUGGUGGAGACAGCGGGCUGUCAAAUUCUCACUCUGAGUUACAAAAAAUGUUAAUUGAUGAAAGGUUACGAUGUGAGCAUCAUAAAAUUAAUUAUCAGACUCUGAAAGGUGAACACACAAGGUUGCAAGAUGAGUAUACAAAGACACAAAAUGAACUCAAGCACCUGUUAAAUGAAAAGCAAACUAAUCAGGAAAAAAUGCAGUUGCUGUUUGAAGAGCUAAAAGGAGAAUUAUUAGAGAAAACUAAAGACUUAGAAGAAAUAAAGCUGCAGGUAUUAACUCCACAAAACUUGGAAUUGUUAAGAGCCCAAAUACAACAAGAAUUAGAAACUCCAAUGAGAGAGCGUUUUAGGAGUCUGGAUGAAGAAGUUGAAAAGUAUAGAGCUGAAUAUAAUAAGCUUCGCUAUGAACAUACAUUUCUCAAAUCAGAAUUUGAACACCAGAAAGAAGAAUUUGCACGUAUUUUAGAAGGAGAAAAAAUAAAAUAUGAAUUAGAGAUUGCGAGACUGGAGAAAGAUAAAGAAGAUCUACAUAAUCAGCUGAUUAGUGUUGAUCCCACCAGAGACAGCAAACGAGUGGAGCAACUUAUACGAGAAAAAGGCCAUUUGUAUCAGAAAAUAAAAAAUUUAGAUGCUGAAGUAGCAGAAUUAAGGGCUGAAAAAGAGAAUUCUGGCACUCAGGUGGAUAAUCUCCAAAGAAUUCAGGUGCGGCAGUUGGCCGAGAUGCAGGCUACAGUCCGAUCCCUGGAGGCUGAAAAACAGUCAGUUAAACUACAGGCUGAGCGCUUGGAAAAAGAGCUACAAGCAAGCAAUGAACAAAAUACUAUUUUAAUCAGUAGACUGCAUAAAGCUGAACGGGAAAUAAAUACAUUGACCAGUAAAGUAAAAGAACUUAAACAUUCAAACAAACUAGAAAUAACAGACAUCAAACUGGAAACAGCAAGAGCUAAAAGUGAGCUAGAAAGAGAAAAAAAUAAGAUUCAAAGUGAACUGGAUGGAUUACAGUCAGAUAAUGAAAUUCUCAAAUCAGCUGUUGAACACCACAAAAUGCUCUUAGUAGAAAAGGAUCGUGAAUUAAUACGUAAAGUACAAGCUGCCAAGGAAGAAGGUUAUCAGAAACUUGUGGAAUUACAAAAUGAAAAGCUAGAACUGGAGAACAGAUUAGCGGAUUUAGAGAAAAUGAAAGUCGAAAACGAUGUCUGGAGGCAGUCCGAGAAGGAUCAGUGUGAAGAGAAAUUGCGGGCUUCACAGAUGGCAGAAGAGUCGGCCAGAAGGGAACUUCAAAGUAUUAGGUUAAAACUUCAACAGCAAAUUGUGAAUACUGAAAAUGCGGAAAAAGAGAAAAAUGAAAAUUCUGAACUGAAACAGCAAAUCAGUAGUUUGCAGAUCCAAGUGACCUCACUUACACAAUCAGAGAAUGAAUUGCUGAAUUCAAACCAAAUACUGAAGGAAAUGGUGGAGAGGUUAAAACAGGAAUGCCGAAAUUUAAGAAGCCAAGCUGAAAAAGCACAACUAGAAGUUGAAAAGACAUUGGAAGAGAAACAGAUACAGUGGUUGGAAGAAAAGCAUAAGCUUCAUGAACGCAUUACAGACAGAGAGGAGAGGUAUAAUCAGGCCAAGGAGAAACUGCAGCGAGCUGCAACUGCGCAGAAAAAGAGAAAAUCUCUUCAUGAAAACAAAUUGAAGAGACUGCAGGAGAAAAUAGAAGUCUUGGAGGCAAAGAAAGAAGAAUUGGAAACAGAAAAUCAAGUGUUAAAUAGACAAAAUGUUCCAUUUGAAGAAUAUACAAGGCUUCGAAAAAGACUAAAGGAUAUACAGAGAAGACAUAAUGAAUUUCGAAGUUUAAUUUUGGUCCCUAACAUACCUCCCACAGCAUCGGCCAAUCCUGCCAGCUUUCAGUCAUCAGCCGUGGUCCCAGGCAUGGAACUGGCCUUUCCUCCUCAUAUGCAGGAGGAACAGCAUCAAAGGGAACUGUCUCUACUUCGGAAAAGACUAGAAGAACUAGAAACAACACAAAGAAAACAACUAGAGGAACUCGGGCCACCUGGGGAAUGAUGUGUUUCAGAAAAAGAUCAAAAGGAAUGAAUCAGUGACUCAAUAAAGCUUGAAGUUUUAACCCAUGUGGCAAUUUAGAUACUUUAUUACUGUUGGCCAAAACCCUCGAGUUUAUCUCAAGAAAAGGUGACUGACAGCUGUGUGCUGUAUUGUGUUAGAAUCACACUAACAACAAGUGAAGCAUGAACACAGAUUCAGAGACGUUUAGAGUAUUUAUGGACAGCCCUUUGAGAAUGUCAAAAAAUAAAAGGAAUAUAUUUACUUAGGGAAUCAAAUUUUAAAAUUAUUUUAUUACUUUUACUUGCUUGAAUUUUGCUGUUGUCUUGCCUGAAAUACGCCCGUGUCAAACGAAGUCCUUCUUCCUCUUCUUUGAGAUGCUUGGCAAUAAUGGGGUCAGUAAACAUUUUCCAGUUUACUGUGUGAGAGUUAUAAACCUCUAGUUCUUGAAAAAAAGAUGACAGUUUAAAGAUCAGCAUAAAAAUACAACUUAAAGAUAUCUAAAAUCUCUGUGCACAUAAUUUAUUAAAGAGCUUAAUAAAUAUUUUUUAUCUAGA